AUGGAUAUGCUUGUCAGCGCAAUCCUCCCCCAUGGAUUCAUUCCGCCGGUGGUGAUGGAGUAUCCCGGGAUAACAGUAGGUGGCGGAUUCGCAGGCACAUCAGGAGAGAGUAGCUCGUAUCGGCAUGGUUUCUUUGAUCGAACAAUUUCUUGGAUUGAGAUUGUGAUUGGGAACGGCGAGAUCCUGCAAGCAUCCCCAACCGAAAACUCCGACUUGUUCUUCGGUGCUGCGUGCUCCUUUGGAACCCUUGGAAUCACGACUCUACUGGAGUUGCAACUCAUAGAACUUCUGACAAACCCUGUAAUGGAAUUGACCUAUUUUCCUAUCUCGGGUAUUGACGAGGCCAUCAGAAAAAUUGAAGAGCUUACACCAAACCCUACGUAUCAGUAUCUGGAUGGUAUUAUAUUCACCAAGACGAAGGGAUGCAUCUGUGCCGGGUCAAUCACCAGUCUGGCAGAGGAAGAUCAGGUUCAAACCUUUACUCGUCCCACUGAUCCGUGGUUCUAUAUGCAUGCCGAAGACAUGGUUUCCUCGCUAUCAAACCUGGAGAAGGGGACCGCAUCCAAGGAGCUGAUCCCAUUGACCGAUUACCUAUUCCGCUAUGACCGGGGAGGCUUCUGGGUGGGGAAGUACGCCUUUGAAUAUUUCCUAUUUCCCCAGACAAAGUUCAUGCGAUGGGUGCUGGACGGAAUCUCCCAUACAAGGGUCAUGUAUCACGCCGUCCACAAGAGCGGACUUUUCAAGGAGUACACUAUCCAGGAUGUUGCGGUGCCGUAUACUGGAGCCAAAGAACUGAUUGAUUUUCUUGAUGACUCGUUUGGGAGGUACCCAUUAUGGCUUUGCCCUGUCCGGACUGCAACGACACAUGUGUCAGGGCUGAUGGCGCAACGGCGAAACCAUCCUGACCCAGGUCAUCGUGAUAUGAUGCUCAGCAUUGGAGUAUGGGGUCCAGGACCGAAGGGUAAGAAGAACUUUGUCGACUUUAAUCGCAAGCUCGAGAAAGUCGUCAACAUGCUUGGGGGUCAAAAGUGGCUCUACGCACGGACCUACUAUACAGAGGAGGAAUUCUGGUCAAUCUAUGACCGUGAUACAAUGGAUGGCUUACGACAGAAGUAUCAUACGUCGUACUUACCGAAUCUGUAUCAAAAAGUCCAAAUCCAGCCGGAAGAGGUCGUCAAGAAGCGGUCUUGGACAUCGCGGCUGGGAGACUGGGUAAUGAGUUGUUGGCCGAUUUCUGGGGCUUACGGGUUGAUGCAUACAUUCUGGCAUAAGGACUAUUUGUUAGUAGAACGCAAGGAUUUGCUACAAUAG